AUGGCCAGCUACCCCGAGCCCGAGGACGGUCUUCACCCAGGACCUGCGGGGCACUGCGGGGGCACCUCUGCACAUCCGCCCGACCCCGCGCAGAAGCCCCCGUACUCGUAUGUGGCGCUCAUCGCCAUGGCGAUCCGCGAGAGCGCGGAGAAGAGGCUCACGCUGUCCGGCAUCUACCAGUACAUCAUCGCCAAGUUCCCAUUCUAUGAGAAGAACAAGAAGGGCUGGCAGAAUAGCAUCCGCCACAACCUCAGCCUCAACGAGUGCUUCAUCAAGGUGCCGCGCGAGGGCGGCGGCGAGCGCAAGGGCAACUACUGGACGCUGGACCCGGCCUGCGAGGACAUGUUCGAGAAGGGCAACUACCGGCGCCGCCGCCGCAUGAAGCGGCCCUUCCGGCCGCCGCCCGCGCACUUCCAGCCGGGCAAGGGGCUCUUUGGGGCCGCAGGAGCCGCGGGAGGCUGCGGCGUGGCAGGCGCGGGGACCGACGGCUACGGCUACCUGGCGCCCCCCAAAUACCUGCAGUCUGGCUUCCUCAACAACUCGUGGCCGCUACCGCAACCGCCCUCACCCAUGCCAUACGCCUCCUGCCAGAUGGCGGCGGCUGCAGCAGCAGCCGCAGCAGCGGCGGCGGCCGCGGGCCCGGGCAGCCCCAGCGCGGCCGCAGUGGUCAAGGGGCUAGCGGGCCCGGCCGCCUCGUACGGCCCGUACUCACGCGUGCAGAGCAUGGCGCUGUCGGUGCGCUCGCGCUCGGCUUUGCCCGCCCGGCUGCCGUGCAACCCGUGCCUAGAAGCGCGGGUUUGGGCCAACAUCGAGCCCUGCGCCGCCAGUAACAGGGACGAACGUGUGUUUGCUCCGCGUAUCCUGUUGGAGCCUUUCAGAAGCGGUUUGCCGGGGUCCACUGGGCGGGACGAGGGUUGGGCCCGAGCAGGGGGCCCCGCCGCCUAG